AUGCAGCCGGGCAGACCUGAGGAGCACACUGCAGAGGGGCAGCAGCAGCAACAGCAGCAACAGCAGCAACAGCAGCAGCAAGAGCCCCAAUGCAUGGAGCAGGAGGAGAGCAGUCGCAGUUGGCGCCAAGACCCCGUAGCCAGCGGUGAGGGCGGCCCGGAGAUCGCGGGUUGCUGCUGCUGGACAAAUGGUUCGCUGCACUGCAGCAAUGAGCCUUGGCUGCUGCAGCAGCUGCUGCUCGAGGCCCGCUUCUUCAGCAUCCAGCCGCUCGAGAAGCUCAUCGAGGAGCGCCUACACAGUGCUGCUGCUGCUGCUGCUGGUGCUGCAGCAGGAGGCAGGGGCUGGGAAAGCAGGAAGGCAAAGGUUCGGCUCGCCGCAGCCCACAGGGCAGCGAAGGCGCAGCAGCAGCUGCAGCGCGGGCACUGCUGCAACAGCGCAGCAGCAAAGAGCGACGAUCUGGAGGACAGCCGCAGCAGCGAAGGCGUCACAGCCUCCUCAAGCAGCGAGGGCGGCGGCAGCAGCGGCGAGGGGGAGCAGUCACCUGCAGCAGCUGCCGCAGCAGCAGCAGCAGCAGCAGCAGGAGCAGCAGCAGGAGCAGCAGCAGGAGCGGGUUUGGAGGCGGAGGAACAGCCCCCCGAGCUGCUGCAGAUUGCUGCAGCAGCAGAACUUGCUGCUCGGGCCGAAGCCCUUCGCCGGGCGCUGGUCAAUGACGAUCCCGAUCCCCCAGAGCCUCAAGCAAUUAAGGACUUGGGAGCCAGAGUGCUUUUGACUGAAGAGGAUUUCUAA